UGGCCUGGAUUGUAUAUAAGCUGCAUGUGCCGCAUGUCAACAUGACAGUGUGAAGAUCCGAGAGUGUGUGUGUUAGUGUGUGUGAGGUUAUGCACAGCGGACUGAGCAGUGUGUGAACAUCAUGGCUUUCUAUGAAACCUUCGUGUUCGAGUACGAUGGAAACAGCUCUGAAGGAUCCGGCUCUAUGGAUCUGGACGAUCUGGAGGUUUGUGAUCUGCGGAUCAGCCAGGACUUCCAGAAACAUUUCCUCCCUGCUGUUUAUGGAAUCAUCUUCCUUUUAGGAAUUGUGGGUAAUGGACUGGUGGUGGUGGUGAUGGGCUUUCAGAAGAAGUCCAAGAACAUGACGGAUAAAUACAGGCUCCAUCUUUCGGUGGCCGAUCUGUUGUUCGUGUUGACGCUGCCGUUCUAUGCCGUGGAGGCUCUGAGCUCGUGGUACUUUGGGAAGUUUAUGUGUGUGGCUGUGAACAUGAUCUACACCGUCAACUUGUACAGCAGCGUCCUCAUCCUCGCCUUCAUCAGCCUGGACAGAUACUUAGCCGUGGUGCGCGCUACGAACAGUCAGCCGACGAGGAGGCUCCUGGCCGAGCGCAUGAUCUACCUGGGCGUCUGGCUUCCGGCGAUGCUCCUGACCAUUCCCGAUCUGGUCUUUGCUAAAGUCCAGAACGCCGGGGCUAAGGACAACUGCGAUCGGGUCUACCCUCACGAAGCCAACAUGGUGUGGAAGGUGGUUUUCCGUUUCCAGCAUAUCCUGGUAGGCUUCAUUCUGCCAGGUUUGGUCAUCCUGGUCUGCUACUGCAUUAUCAUCUCCAAGCUCUCGAAAGGCUCCAAGGGUCAGUCGCUGAAGAGGAAGGCGCUGAAGACCACCAUCAUCCUGGUGCUGUGUUUCUUCGUGUGCUGGCUGCCCUACUGCACCGGCAUCCUGGUGGACACGCUGGUCAUGCUCAACCUGGUGUCAGCCGGAUGCUACCUGGAGCAGGGUUUGCAGAAGUGGAUCCAAAUCACCGAGGCUCUCGCCUACUUCCACUGCUGCCUCAAUCCCAUCCUCUACGCCUUCCUGGGGGUCCGCUUCAGCAAAUCUGCACGGAGCGCCUUGAGCGUCACCAGCAGGUCCAGUCAGAAGUUCCUUACCAAGAAACGAGGACACGUGUCUUCUGUAUCCACCGAGUCCGAGUCGUCCAGCGUCCUCUCCAGUUAGCACAUCGGAACUUUUUUUAUGAGACUGGUUGAACUGGUUUUAAAGCUUCAUCACUUACAGGACCAAAAGGACUAUUUUUUAUUUUUUGAAAGACUUUUUUUUUGAAAGACUUAACAACAGAAGGAAGGUUCUUAGCGUUGAAUCCACAUGAAAAUAUGCUGUAUAUAGUGUGUGUGUGUGUGUGUGUGUGUGUAUGCACUUAAAUUUUUCCCCCUCACUGUUGUUCUAUUUAUUGACGUGAACAAAGCCGUAGCUCACACUGAACCCUUUAGCUCUGUGGUGUUUUUGAAGUGGCUCGUUCUUUAUAAUAAAAGGCUUGAUGUUGAA